CCGAUUGAACACCCGUUUUAUUGCGUUGUCAUGUUUCACAAGGGACACAGAAGCUCCGAGACAGUCUGAGCACAUCGCUUCAUGGAUGCACCCAAAGUGUCUCCUUCCACCAACUUUGCGCUCCUACUGACGAAAAACUUUUUCUUUUUUUCUUCUUCUUUGUAUCGUUUCUAUGGUUGAGCAUCUUCUUUUGUAGCGUUUCUUGGUCCGAAUCCCACCAGGCUGCGUCAAGAUGCAGCUCCGAAACGUCCUGGACGUCAAUGUCGUGGACGUGCAGAAGAGAAGGAACCCGUCCAAGCAUUACGUCUACCUCAUCAACGUCACUUACUCAGACUCCACUUCCCAUGUCAUCUACAGGAGGUACAGCAAAUUCUUUGAACUGCAGAUGCGAAUACUCGACCAAUUCCCAAUCGAGGGAGGACAGACGGACCCCAAAAAGAGGAUUAUUCCUUUUUUGCCAGGUAAAGUGUUGUUUCGCCGAAGCCACAUAAGGGAUGUGGCUGUCAGAAGGCUGAAGCACCUUGAUAAUUACUGCAAAGCUCUGAUGAAGCUUCCCUCCCCCAUUUCUCAAAGCGAGGAGGUCCUUAAGUUCUUCGAGACCAAUUCGGAGGACCUCAACCCUCCGACCGAAGACUGCGGAGGCUCCGGCAAACGUAAAUCCGGUCUGGACGCCUCGGAUCCCAUGCUCCUGGAUCAGUAUGUGGUGGUGGCCAGUUACGCCAAACAAGAGCCUGCGGAAAUCAGCCUUCAGGCGGGCGAGGUGGUCGACGUGAUUGAAAAGAGCGAGAGUGGUUGGUGGUUUGUCAGCACUGCGGAGGAGCAGGGCUGGGUCCCUGCUACCUAUCUCAACUCCCACAGUGGCACCCGGGAUGACCUGGAGCUGGGCGCCUCUAAAGCUGGGGAAGUUACUAAGCGACAUAAGGCUCAUCUGAAGAGGCUGGACCGGAGAUGGACGUUGGGGGGUGUCAUCAGCCGGCAGCAGAGCCGAGAAGAGAAGUACGUUACAGUGCAGCCUUACACCGGGCAGGGCAAGGAUGAAAUUGCUUUUGAGAAAGGAGUAAUUGUGGAGGUGAUCCAGAAGAACUUAGAAGGCUGGUGGUUUAUCAGGUACCAAGAUAAAGAAGGCUGGGCUCCAGCCUCUUACCUGAAGAAGAUGAAGGAUGACCUCUCUCCCCGUAAGAAGACGGCAACAGGCCCUGUGGAGAUCAUUGGAAACAUCAUGGAGAUCAGUAACCUGCUUAACAAAAAAGCCUCCAGUGAGAAAGAUGUGCAGAUCGAAGGAGUCCCAGAGAGCCCCCAAGUGGCCAAGAGGGAGAUCAGCCUGCCAAUACCAUGUGGGGAGUCCAGCCCGGUUAAUAGUCCACAGGAUGGAAAAAGUAAAGCAGAGUCUUCCUCCCCGGCAAUAGCCCGCGUCGCGCCUCAUCGGGUGGAAAUCGGUUCCCCGGUUCUCAGGCAAAAACCUCCUCCUCGAAGAGAUGCCACCCUGGGAUUUCAGUUGCCCUCCCCACCAGAGCCGCCGACAGUGGAAGCCGAGUAUUAUACGAUUGCAGAUUUCCAGUCCUGUAUAUCUGAUGGUAUCACUUUCAAUGGAGGACAGAAAGCAGAGGUCAUUGAGAAGAAUUCUGGUGGUUGGUGGUACGUCCACAUAGGAGAGAAGGAGGGCUGGGCUCCGUGCUCCUACAUUGACAAACGGAAAAAGCCCAACCUGAAUCGAAGAACCAGCACUCUUUGCCGCCCCAAGGUCCCGCCUCCAGCUCCGCCUGUAAAAAAACAAGACUCGGAGACUGCACCUCCGAGCAGCCCCGGCUCUGAAGCUCCAGAGUCCCCCGUGUCUCCCGGAAGGCCGGUCUACGAGGAGCCAGAGUAUGAUGUUCCCGCUAUCGGUGAUCUGGACAUGGAGUCCGAGUUUGAGUUUCUGAGGGAAAAAGGUUCCUCGGUGGAUGUUAGAAAUGAGAAUGCUCCCUCUGAGCAGGGAUCUCAUCUGCUCUCCAAGCCUUCUCCGGCUUCGUCGCUCCACAGCGCCUCCUUCAAGAUGUGCGAGUCAUUUGAAGAUGGCCACGAGGCAGAAGGGGAGGCGGAGGCGGAGAGAGAGUGCAUCUAUGAGAAUGACGGCUUCCGGCCCUUCAGGGAGACACCGGAGCGGCAGUGCAGCAGGGACUCAAAUUCCUCCAAGACAAGUGUCUUGUCAGAAGUUGGCAAGACUGCAAACUCGGCAUCAGGUGGGUGGAGACCUGCAAGUAACAAGCUCAAAAUCGACUUGAAUGGGAUCACAUUUUCAACAAAAGCAGUGGAGGCCUCCAGUCCUAAAUCUGCCUCCACCGAGUCCACUCCGGAUCUGUCCAGAACUAAGAAAGACCAAGAAGAAGGUAAGGCGGCGUGCUCCAUCAAGUCCUGCUCCAAACCAAAGCCGGUGGUGAGGCCUAAACCACAACUAGCCAAGGCAUCCAGUGCAGAGAAGAUGGACAUCAGCACGUUGAGAAGACAGCUACGGCCAACGGGGCAGCUGAAGAACGGCACCAAAACAAAAGGUGAGGACUCUGAGACGGCCUCAGUCAUCUCCUCGGAAGACUCUUUCUCCUCUCAGAGCACGUCGGAUCUCUCCUCCACCUAUUCUAAAGGCAGCCGGGGAGACUCCGACGUGGAAGGCAGCAGCCUGUAUCGAACAACGGACCCCUACGAAAAAGUUCAAGGGUCUGAGCUCAGCUUCCCUGCCGGCGUGGAGGUGGAGGUGCUGGAGAAGCAGGAGAGUGGCUGGUGGUACAUCCGCUGGGGAAACACAGAGGGUUGGGCUCCGACUUAUUUCCUGAAGCCCGUCGGGCAACAGGACGACAUGGCAGGUUCCGAAUCUGACGGCACACCGACCAAACCCGGAAGCCUCAGCAAGUCCAACAGCCUGGAGAAGAAUGAACAAAGGGUGCAAGCGUUGAACAACAUCAACCAAAACCUCAAGAAGGUCAUCCCGCCCAUCCCGUCCAAGCCGCCAGGUGGCCUCUCCAAACCCAUCGGCUUGUUCGGCUCCCGAAAGCAGAAUAGCGGCAAACAGCAGCAGGUUGUGAGGCCUCAGUCCGUCUUCAUCUCGGCCCCGAUCAGGGACGGUCCCAGCCCCGUCGGCUCUUUGAGGAGGAACGAGUCCCUCAACUCGACGGACCAUCCUCGUGCCGGGCCAACGGUGCGGCGCAACGCCUCCUUCGGCACCGUGCCACGCAGCCUCCUGCCAAAUAACCUAGGACUACCGAACAGGAACAGAUCCGGUACCGGUAGCUCCGAAUCCCUCGGCCUCGGCUCUCAGAAGAACGCCGCCCUCCCCUUGUCCACAGUCAAACCCAAGCCCCACAUCAUCCAUAACAACCUCAGAGAGGUGUAUGUCUCGAUAGCAGAUUACCACGGCGACGAGGAGACCAUGGGAUUUCCUGAGGGGACGAGUCUGGAGGUCCUCGACAGAAACCCCAAUGGAUGGUGGUACUGCAAGAUUCUGGACAAUGGCUUACCGAGGAAAGGCUGGGUUCCCUCAAAUUACCUCGACAAAAAGCACUAGCACUUCCGCGUGGACCUGGCGGGACAUGCGCGUAAAGACUACAUCAACAGAUUUAUUGUGUGAAAAAAAAAACCCAAAGAUAUUAAGUCAAGAUUGAAAUCCUAGCCGGUACCUUUGCCAAAAUGAGCAGCCAGAUAAAAUUGUGACUUUGAAAUGAGGUGAGACAUCUGGUAAAACGAGUCUACAUUAGUCUGCAGUGCCUGAGACGUCGCAUUAGGAGCAAGAUGUUAAGUUUUGGUGACGCAGCCAAAGAGAGGAAGACUGCUUUAAUGAUAUUCGUUGGGUGUUACCUUUAACUUGAACUAAGACCUAAUUUUGUGUCCACUUUUUGAACCUUUUUCUGUCCGUUUAUAAUAUCAUCUUUUAAAAACUUUUUAAACAUUUAAAGCUUACUGCAUGUUUGAAAUGAUUCAUUAUACCGACGAUGCCUUGAGCUGUGGACUUUUCUUCUCCUUUUUGUAAAGAAAGUGUUAGUUGUUGCCGAAGCUGCUUUGUUAGUCUCACCAUUGUGCUGUUUGUUUGCAUGCUUUUUUAAUAUCUUUUUAUCCUGUACGUCAUCCUUUUUGUGAUAUAUUUUAUCCAUUUAAUUGUGUAAUAUUGUCCUUUUGAAACAAUUUGUGAGCAUCUCUGAUUAUCACAGUUUUUUUCCUAAACUUCAAUAAACAAACAAUGUCUUAUGAUCCUCAUGAGCCAUUGAAACAUUUUAAUUUCAGAAAAGUUUCAUUUAAGGCUAAUUUUCCCAAAUUUAAAGUUAACAUCAGUGAAAAAAAUAUUUAUUCAUUACUUAAAAAUACUCUUGUUACUUAUUUUAUUGUUAUUGUAUGACAUUUCCUGAUGAUUUCUCAACCGCAUAAACCUUUGUAAGAACUGCUCUAUUAAUAAUUAUAACAGUUAAAAUUUCUGCUGGGCAGUAAAUUUGACAUUACUCUGCAAAUGCAGCAGAUGCUCACUUUUGUUUUAUGUUAACUGCGUGACCAGUGAAGAUAACUAAAGUGCCAAAGAAUGAAUUAAAUAAAUGCACUUUUGAAC